ACACGGUCCCGGCUCUCCUAUUGGCUGACAGCUGGCCAUCAGCAGGUUUUUUUUAUUUUUUUAUUUGUGGGGCAGUCCCCGGCUUGUGCACGCGGAGGAGAGUUGUAUACAUCGCACGACAAUAAACCGGCGUGCACUUUUCAGCACCAGCACGGCGUGGAUAGCGGAGCCCCCCGCCCCCCCCGCCGCUGCGCCACCUCCCGCCUCACCCUACCGAGCACCGACGGUCGCGCGGUUCUCGGCGCCAAAGAGCCGGUACUUUCUCAGGGAUACUUUUGUUCGGGAGCUAGCUUGUUUUUUUGGUCGACAAAGUGCCACGCGACGUGUAGUCCGGCAGUGUGUAGCUUACUAAAUGGUGACAAAUGAAGGCAAACAAAGGGGAUAGAGAAGACUAUUCUUCCUGGCUAAUUCGCCUCUCCACUGGCGGUUCUCUUCAGUAGUCGCGCCAGCUCUCCAUUGUGCGAGCAUCCCGGUGCUAUUUUCCGCUGCUGCCCAACCCCCGGAGCCUCCCCUCCUCCCGCGCAGCAACUCCGUUGGACUUGUUUUUAUAUAUAUAUAUAUAUAUAUAUAUACAUAUAUAUAUAUAUAUAUAUAUAUAUAUAUAUAUAUAUAUAUAUAUUAUCUGGGAAUCACAAGCCUUCUGAAAAAAAAAAUGUGCUCCCGUCUUUGGUUCGUGACCGACCGGCGUAUCAGCCAGGAGUAUCCCCAAGUUCAGAUCCUGCGGGCAUUGAAGGAGCGCUGCGCGGAGGAGGAUGUGGAAUUCCGCUCUCUCCUCAUGGAUCAGAUCGUGCUCACCAUCAGCGAGGGGCAACUGGGCCUGCAAGUAGAUCAAGAAACGGUGACAUCAUAUCCACAGGUGGUGGUGGUGCGAGUGCCCACACCAUGGGUGCAGUCAGACAGUGACAUCACUGUGUUGCGCCACCUGGAAAAGAUGGGAUGUCGGCUCAUUAACCGUCCUCAGGCUAUACUUAACUGUGUCAACAAGUUCUGGACCUUUCAGGAGCUAGCUGGUCAUGGCGUGCCUCUGCCCGACACCUUUUCUUAUGGGGGGCAUGACAACUUCCGAAAGAUGAUUGACGAGGCCGAGCCGCUGGGCUAUCCGGUGGUGGUGAAGAAUGCACGUGGCCACAGAGGCAAAGCGGUGUUCUUGGCACGAGACAAACACCACCUGACAGACCUGUGCCACUUGAUCCGCCAUGACACCCCCUACUUGUUUCAGGAGUAUGUCAAGGAGUCACACGGCCGCGACGUGCGGGUGGUCCUAGUGGGUGGCCGGGUCAUCGGCUCCAUGCUACGCUGUUCCACUGAUGGGCGCAUGCAGAGCAACUGCUCCCUGGGUGGCGUGGGGAUGAUGUGCCCACUCAGCGAGCAGGGCAAGCAACUGGCCACAGAGGUGUCAAACAUCCUUGGCAUGGACGUGUGCGGCAUCGACCUCCUCCAGCUCAACGACGGCUCCUUUGUAGUCUGUGAGGCCAACGCCAACGUGGGCUUCAUCGCCUUCGACCAGGCCUGCGGCAUGGACGUGGCCGGCAUCGUGGCCGACUACGCUCUGUCCAUGCUCCCCAACCGCCUCACCCGCAAGAUGUCUCUGUUGUCGGUGGUGUCGAGCACUAGCGAGACCAGCAGCGAGCCUGAGGUGUGUCCUGUGCCUCCCGGCGGCGGCUCCCUGCCCGAGGCCGUGUGCAACAUGAGCGUGGGCUCCACCUCCAGCGAGAGCGACCCCGAGCUGGCCGAGCCCUUGCAGUCAUCCCCCUGUCAGCCCUCGGCCCCGGGACUCCCCGACCCGGCCUACAACUUCAACACACUUCUCGCCAACGAGAUCAAGCUAUUGACUGAGUGAGAGGCACCAUCAUGCACCAGCAAACACACAUUUCUGUAUGCAUAGCUAUACACAUACAUAGAUUCUUACAAACACAUAGCGAUGAAUGCAAAAACAAACACAAAACAUUUCUUCCUUAAACUAACUCCCUCCAAAAGAUCUGAGGCUGCUCCCCUGACUCUCCUUCCUAAACCUCCUCAGUACUUAAACAAUUGAAGUUCUCUGUACUCCUAACACUUGGGGCCGGGGGGAUAGAGUUUGUAUUUGAUCCUAACCGGAGGGAUUUUUAGAAGAGAAGGUGAAACGCUAUAGGAAAUAGAUGGUGUGUUUCCAUCAAAGAUGUUUCGUCUCAUACUUUUGGUGGAUUGAAGACACUAGUAAAGGGUGAAUCUUGCAGCGCUUAUUAUCCAGUUACAGUGGAACAUCCGAAGUCGUUCUGUCACGCUAACUCCCUCUGAAAAACACAAAAAUAUAGUACUAAAACGAAGUAAAACUACUCACCCUUCGAAUAUGCCUGACACCUUAUAGAGAGAACCACGGUUUUGGUAUACAGUAGUACCUCGGUUUACGGGUUUAUUAAUUGGUUGUGUGAUGGAGCAUGUAACCAAAAAUACUUGCACGGUGGUACCGCAACUUAAGAUUGCCAUAACUUAAAGAGGGAGUGCAGUUUUUUGGAAUGGUGCCAAUAAAUCAAGAAACAGUCGAUAACCUAAAUGACUUUGGUUAUAAUACAUAGAAAACACACGACUUUACUGUGAAAGUAAUGAAAAAUUGUACAAUGUAAUUGCAAAUACUGUAAUGUCACAAGCAUGCAAAUACUCAAACAUUUUAGGUAUUAUUCUGUCUAAAUUCAAGAUUUUGCAAAUUGUACAUUUAAAUUUACACCAUGACGCUUAAAGGCCUACUGAAACCCACUACUACCCACCACGCAGUCUGAUAGUUUAUAUAUCAAUGAUGAAAUAUUAACAUUGCAACACAUGCCAAUACGGCCUUUUUAGUUUACUAAAUUGCCAUUUUAAAUUUCCUGAGACUUUUUUCUUGAAAACGUCGCGUAAUGAUGACGUGUACGCAUGACGUCACGGGCUGUUAGGAAUAUGAGCGCUGUGUACACACACAGCUAAAAGUUGUCUGCUUUAACGGCAUAUUUACACAGUAUUUUGGAGAUCUGUGUUGCUGAAUCUUUUGCAAUUUGUUCAAUUAAUAUUGGAGAAGUCAAAGUAGAAAGACGGAGUUGGGAAGCUUUAGCCUUUAGCCACACAAACACACGGUAAUUCCUUGUUUGAAAUUCACGGAGGUGAAACUUUAGUAUGGAUCAGAGCGAACAUGGAUCCCGACUACAUGUCAACCAGCAGGUUUCGGUGAGAAAAUUGUGGAUAAAAAGUCAGUUCUUACCGGAUAAAAGCUGCCGUGGACUCGCCUGAGACACUGCGCGUCAACACCCGGCCGUGGACACACCCUUCCGACUCUCAGGUACUGUUAAACUCACUAAAACACUAGCAACACAAUAGAAAGAUAAGGGAUUUCCCAGAAUUCUCCUAGUAAAUGUCUCUAAAAACAUAUGAAUCCGUCUCAAUGUAACGCGAUUUUUUUUUUGUUUUUUUUCUAGUCCGUCGCUAUCAAUAUCCUCAAACACAAAUCUUUCAUCCUCGCUCAAAUUAAUGGGGAAAUUGUCGUUUUCUCGGUCCGAAUAGCUGUUUUUGUUGGAGGCUCCCAUUAAAAACAAUGUGAAUAUAUGAGGAGCCAUCAACAUGUGACGUCAUCGUCUGCGACUUCCGGUAGAGGCAGGGCUUUUUUCCAGUUGCGAACUUUAUCGUGGAUGUUCUCUACUAAAUCCUUUCAGCAAAAAUAUGGCAAUAUCGCGAAAUGAUCAAGUAUGACGCAUAGAAUGGACCUUCUAUCCCCUUUUAAAUAAGAACAUCUAAUUUCUGUAGGCCUUUAAAUGUUUUUAGGGUUUGUGUUAAAGCAUUAGCCUAGGUAACUUUUGGCUAACAACAUUUUUUGUUGUGUUUUUGUGGCAAGUGGUUAUGGUUAUGUCCUUUCAUUGAAAACUGCACCCAAAUGAUCCACACUGUGUUUAAGUGAGUUCCAACUGGUUGGAGAUACGGAGCAUUUAAGGCUCAUUUUAAAUAGUGCACUUAAAGGAACAUUUUGCGGAAGGCCAUUUUGUGAGUUGUCCAGUGAACGGUUGUACAAAUGCUUUCAAUUUAAAAUCCUCACGUAUCGCUUACGUCUCGGAAACAGGCAUUUUGCAGAGACUAUUAUCGGUGAAAAGGCAGAACGGCGCCGCACUGGUUAGCGCUCGUGCCUCACAGUGAGAGGUCCUGGGUUCAAUUCCUGGGCUGAGGGUCUUUCUGUGUGGAGUUUAAAUGUUCUCCCUGUGACUGCGUGGGUUCUCUCCGGGUACUCCCACCUCCAGAAAACAUACACCUGGGAAUAAGCUGAUUGGCCACACUAAAUUUGGCCCUAAUUUGUUUUACAGUGAUUUCCUGCCAGUAUUUAACCUUAGGUUCUCUAUAUCUUUUUUGUAAACAGGUUAACAAUAUAUCAGUUUUUAUGGUCAUUUACUGUAAGCAAAAACAGUUAUCAACUGAAAAAGGUAAGACUUCCCUGGCCUCAGCUACUUCGUCAAUCUCCUUUUGUGGGGUCCCGAGGCAUUCAUGGGCAGAUUGUCUCCCCAACGUGUUUUAGGUCUUCCCCGUGGCCUUCUACCGUUUUGACUUGCCCUAAACACCUCCCCUUGGAGAAGUCUGAGGGUUUGGUUACAUCUUACAAGGAUUACUUUGACAUCCGCUGUGGUAACUAGCUGUAUGGAUGAUUGGAUCUGAUUGUUUGCUAACAGCUAGCCAAGAGACAGUUUGUAUCCCCAAAAACCCAUAAGCAGAGGUACCACUUUAUACAUUCAUAUAGAUAUUGCUGAAAAUACUAUGUUUACGUUUGUUCGUUAUUAGGGAACAUGACAUUACAAGUCUUUUUAAUUGAUUGAUUGAAACUUUUAUUAGUAGAUUGCACAGUACAGUACAUAUUCCGUACAAUUGACCACUAAAUGGUAACACCCAAUUAAGUUUUUCAACUUGUUUAAGUCGGGGUCCACGUUAAUCAUUUCACUGUGGUCGAAUUGUUGCAAUUCACUGUUAAAGUAAUUGAUACUUGACAUUUUUCCUUGUGAAAUUAAAAAAAAAGACUAGUAUUUACAUUAAUCUGCAUGUGUAUUUGAUUGGUAUUUAUUAAUUAUAUUACUCCAACAACAUUGCUGCUUAUGUGUUGGCUGCACACACAAAAAAAAAGCAAGACCUUUUUGACCAUUAGGUCACUCACAAGUUUAAAAUCCAAAAUUCUAACAGUUGACAUAAUCGGAGUUAUUUUACCUUAAAAUUUCAAUUCAACUUGUGAGGCUCUGCACUUUGGAUGUUCUAUUGUACAUUAGGUAGAAAUGAGCUAGCCCCUUGGCUAUUCACCCAAUCGUAUGAAAAGCCUGAGACACACCAUAAGCGACUAAACAUCAAUACUGAGAGACAAGCAUUUAUGAUUGCGUGAGGUCCUCAUGACAAUGUGAGGACAGAGUUGAGUGCCAUUAGUAUUUUUUCCCCCCUCUCUUCUUAUUAUUAUCAAGUUGUGUCCUUGUUGAGCCGUACCAGCAGCAACAGUCUGCCAUGUUUUAAAACUUCAACUCAAUGUCUAGCACUUUAUGAUAAACAUAUUUUCUUUGUCCGUACUCAGAUUAUAGUUUAAGGACACAAGAUGCUGUGUCUACACUUGCAAAAUAUACCUCAAAAAGUGACUUGUCGCUGCCGUAGAAUCAUUGAAAUAUACAACACAUAUCAGCCAGGAUGUUACACCUGGUUUUCCUUCCCUUUUCUCUUUUUUUUUUCCUCGUUUUACUAGCUGUUUUGUAAAUAUUUUCAGUAUUGAAUUUGCUCUGGUGGCAACUAUUACGCCGGGUUUCUGCCAUAAAUUGUACAGAACUGACAUCGAGAAAUUCGGUGCUAAUAUUUUUUUUCGGACAGAAGAGAUUUCUCUGUCAUUAUUCAUAAAAAAAAAAAAAACUUCGGAGGGAAUUUUAACAAUAUAUUUUUCCGUCAUUUUUAAAGAGAAUGUUCCCUUUUUUUAGAAGGAUUCAGGGAUUUACUGCUGCCAUCCAUGUACUCUUUCCUCCGCCACCGCUGAUCAAAUUACGACGUCGUUCCACUUUGAGGACCUUGGUGUUGACAUUUGUUUUUUUGUUGUUUUGUUUUUUUGGCCACAAAUCAGGGAAGCAGCCUGGAUCUAAGCCUCGCCCUCUAACCUUCAAAUAGCUGACAUAUCCACUGGAGAUAUCCCCAAAAAAUAAUUAACGCUCCAACAAGCCAGACAAAACAUAAUUCAAGCAGCAAUGAGAAAAAAAGGUUACAGUAUCAAAAUGUGGUGUAAUACCAUAAAUAACAUGCACUUGCUCCUUUACUUGUUCUAUUAUUGUUCAUUGUUUUCUUCCUAAUUUAUAUUUUUUAAAGACAAAAAAAGUGGUUUGUGUGCACUAACAGUGUAAAAAAAUAUAUAUAUUUGGAAGCUUGUUUUCUGAUGCUAAAAAAAUAACCCCACAAGACACCAGGAAAUGCAGCAUUUUCCCCCCUGGGGGGACAAAAGCUGUGCCCACAGUAGCUUCACAGAUCAAAAGACUGCUGUGAUGUCGUCCAUUGAUAAGUGUGACAAACAAACUGUGAAAUCUGCCAUCACAUCUCCAUACGGUGCAUCCGAAAAGUAUUCACAGCGCUUCACUUUUUCCGCAUAUUGUUAUGUUACAGCCUAAUUCCAAAAUGGAAUAAAUGUAUUUGUGUCCUUAAAAUUCUACGGACAACACUCCGUAAUGACAAUGUGAAAACAUAUUUUUUUGCUAUGUUACUAAAAAUAAACUGCCCAAAAGUACUGAAAAAUUGUGCAACGUAUUUGCAAUUACAUUUUUGGUAUUAUUCUGUCUAAAUGAAAGAUUUUGCAGAUUUUACUUUUUAAAUUUACAGCAUACCUUUUAUUGUUUGAAGGGUUUGUGUUAGAGCAUUAGCCAAGGUAACUUUUGGUUAACAACACGUGUUUUUGUGGCAAGUGGUUUCUGACUUUUAAGGGGUUAUGGCUAUGUCCUUCGUUAAAAUCUGCAUCAAAAUGUGUUUGAGUUCCAACUGGUUGCAGAUUCGGAGCGUUUGAGGCAAAUUUUAAAUAACUCACUUAAAGGAACAUGUUGCGGAAGGCCAUGUUGUGAGUUGUCCAGUUGAUUGUUUUACAAAUACUUUCAUUUUAAAAUCCUCACAUAUCGCUCAUGUCUUGGAAACAAAGGCAUUUUGCAGAUACUAUUAUUGGUGGAAGCAGUGGUUAACUCUCGUGCCUCACAGUAAGAAGGUCCUGGGUUCGAUUCCUGAGUUAGGGUCUAUCUGUGUGGAGUUUGCAUGUUCUUACUAAAAAAAAUAAACUGCCCGAAAGGUGUGCCAAGCUUGUGGCAUUGUAACCAAAAACCUGCUCAGUGGCCUUUAUGGUCAGAGUGUCCGCCCUGAGAUUGGUAAGUCGUGAGUUCAAACCCCGGCCGAGUCACACCGAAGACUAUAAAAAUGGGACUCAUUACCUCCCUGCUUGGCACUCGGCAUCAAUGGUUGGAAUUGGGGGUUAAAUCACCAAAAUGAUUCCAAACGCGGCCCCCUCAUCUCCCAGGGGAUGGGUCAAAUGCGGAGGGUAUUUUUUUUAAAUUUAUGUCCAUGUAAUUUUUUUGGGUUGUUUUAAUAAAUUUGCAAAAUGUAAAAAAAAAAAAAAAAAAACCUUUUACAUUGUUAUUGUGGACUAUUGUCUGUAGAAUUUUGAGGACAUACAUGGAUUUAUUCCAUUUUGGAAUAGGGCUGUGAUCUAACAAAAUGUGGGAAAAGUCCAGCGUUGAAUACUUUUCGGGUGCGCCGUACGUCCCAGUAUCAGCACACGUAUCCCCAGUUGUUCUGGUCCUCCUUUGUUAACAAGUGUUUGUAUCAUUCCACCGUUUUGUUUACAUGGUCUCAGAUCAGCCAGUGACAAGGCACAAAGCAUAUGCAGACAGCACCUCUAUCCCCAGUUUUUUGCAAGCAUUUCAUUCGGGGACUGGCUUGUGUGUGUGUGUGGUAUACCGCGUACGAAUGGUGUGGGAUAACAACGCUUCUGAUGCCAAUAUCAUACAAAUCAUCUAGAAAGUGUGCUUGACCACAUGCAUGUGUCCAAAGUCCGGCCCGUAUACAGUACAGGCCAAAGGUUUGGACACACCUUCUCAUUUAAAUGCCUUUUCUUUAUUUUCAAGACUAUUUACAUUUGUAGAUUGUCACUGAACGCAUCACAACUUUGACACCUGUGAAGCGAUGAUCACGAUGAUCUCCUGCUGCCCCCACUAUGGAUUGGACUUUACUAUUAUGUUAGAUCCACUAUGGAUUGGACUUUACUAUUAUGUUAGAUCUACUAUGGACUGGACUCUUAUUAUUAUGUUAGAACCUCUGUGGACUGGACUCACAAUAUUAUGCUAUAUCCACUAUGGACUGGACUCACACUAUUAUGUUAGUUCCACUAUGCACUGGACUAACACUAUUGUGAUGGAUCCAUUAGGGACUGGACUCUCACUAUUAUGUUAGAUCUAUUAGGGACUGGACUCUCACUAUUAUGUUAGAUCCCCUACUGACUGGACUCUCACAAUAUUAUGCUAGAUCCACUAUGGACUGGACUCUCACACUAUUAUGUUAGAUUCACUAUGGACUGGACUCUCACAAUAUUAUGUUAGUUCCACUAUGGACUGGACUCUCACACUAUUAUGGUAGAUCCACUAUGGACUGGACUCUCACUAUUAUGUUAGAUCCACUAUGGACUGGACUCUCACUAUUAUGUUAGAUCCACUAUGGACUGGACUCUCGCAAUAUUAUGCUAGAUCCAGUAUGGACUGGACUCUCACUAUUAUGUUACAUCUGCGGUCCCCUCCAAGGUUUCUCAUUGAUAUCCCAUUGGGUUGAGUUUUUCCUUGCCCUGAUGUGGGAUCCGAGCCGAGGAUGCAGCCCUUUGAGACACUCGUGAUUUAGGGCCAUAUAUGUAAACAUUGAUUGAUUGAUCGAAAUGAAAACCCUUUCAGGUGACUACCUCUUGAAGCUCAUGGAGAGAAUGCCAAGAGUGUGCGAAACAGUAAUCAGAACAAAGGGUGGCUAUUUUGAAGAAGCUAGAAUAUAAAACAUGUUUUCAGUUAUUUCACCUUUUUUGUUAAGUACAUAACUCCACAUGUGUUCAUUCAUAGUUUUGAUGCCUUCAGUGACAAUGCACAAUGUAAAUAGUCAUGAACAUAAAGAAAAUGCGCCUAAUGAGAAGGUGUCAAAAAUGUUACCCUGUACUUUAAAGUAAAAUUAAACAGAACAAAAUCAAGGAUUCCAUAAAAUAAUAAUUAAAAUGUAAAAGAGAUCAUUUUCCAUAGCAUAUCAUGACCCACUUUGUAUUUGUUUGAGCAUGUGUGACAAAGAGAAACGUGGAACAUAUCAUACCCAAGUGACUUUGGACAGCCUGGAUAAACUAGAAGCCCAACAUGAUGUCAACUCUUGAUUUGGUGAAUAGUUAAUUUUUUUCUCUGGAAAUGACACAAUGUAUUAAAAAAUAUGACUUAUCCAAUGUUCUCAAAUGUAUAAUUUGGCCCUCUCUCUCUCUCGCUAAAGAAACAAAAAAUCAAGUUGAUUUUGACUUUACAUAACUUAAAGCAGUCAUUUUGUGAAAUUUAUUUUAACAUUUAAAAACACUUCCUUGUGGUCUACAUAACAUGUAAUGGUAGUUCUUGGGUCAAAAUGUUUCAUAUGUUAUAUUUUUCACACCGUUUUCUGACCGCCCGUGUAGAAUGCACCGUUUUAUUUACGUGCCGAAGACAUACUUUUCAACCUUUCCGAUUUUCCCGGGAGACUCCCGAAUUAUAGUGCCCCUUCCGAAAAUCUCCCGGGGCAACCAUUCUCCCGAAUUUCUCUCGAUUUCCACCCAGACAACAAUAUUGGGGGCAUCCUCUACCACCUGUCAUCACGUCCACUUUUCCUCCAUACAAACAAAAAACAGUCACAUAAUAUGUGCGGCUUUUACACACACAUUAUAGUGAAUGCAAGGCAUACUUGGUCAACAGCCAUACUAGUCACUCUGAGGGUGGCCGUAUAAAAAACUUUAACACUGUUACAAAUAUGCGCCACACUGUGAACUCAAACCAAACAAGAAUGACAAACACAUUUCGGGAGAACAUCCGCACUGUAACACAACAUAAAAGCAAACAGACCAACUUUAGACAACAGCUCUUCGGGUAAACCUUUACUACAUAUAAAGAAAGCCGCUGCCGGAACUGGAAAAAUAAGUCAUUACAUUUUUUACAUUUUACAUUUUGUAGGAAGGAAAGAUUUUUUUAUAAAUGUAAUUUAUAAAUAUCUUUGACAUUUUAUGCUGACCACAAAUACACAAAAAAGGUACUUAAGAAAUGUUGGUUUUACGUUACAGGACCCCUUAAAAUUAUGAAAUAAACACAAUAUCUUUAUAUAUAUAUAUAUAUAUAUUUUUAUUUUUAUUUUUUUAUUUUUUUUUUUUUACAAAAUUAUCAAAUUUAUGACCUUUGUCGCAAAUGUAAGCAUUUUUUUUUAGGUCCUAAAUUAAGCAUUCGCAAAGAUAAAAAUGACAAAAUAAACAAAAAAUAUGGAUAUCCAUCCAUCCAUCCAUCCAUCCAUCCAUCUUCUUCCACUUAUCUGAGAUCGGGUCGCAAGGGCAGCAGCCUAAGUAGGGAAGCCCAGAUUUCCCUCUCCCCAGCCACUUUGUCCAGCUCCUCCCGGGGGAUCCCGCGGCGUUCCCAGGCCAGCCGGGAGACAUAGUCUUCCCAACGUGUCCUGGGUCUUCCCCGUGGCCUCCUACCAAUUGGACGUGCCCUAAACACCUCUCUAGGGAGGCGUUCGGGUGGCAUCCUGACCAGAUGCCCGAACCACCUCAUCUGGCUCCUCUCGAUGUAGAGGAGAAGCAGCUUUACUUUGAGCUCCUCCAAGAUGGCAGAGCUUCUCACCCUAUCUCUAAGGGAGAGCCCCGCCACCCGGCGGAGGAAACUCAUUUCGGCCGCUUGUACCCGUGAUCUUAUCCUUUCGGUCAUGACCCAAAGCUCAUGACCAUAGGUGAGGAUGGGAACGUAGAUCGGCCGGUAAAUUGAGAGCUAUGCCUUCCGGCUCAGCUCCUUCUUCACCACAACGGAUCGGUACAACGUCCGCAUUACUGAAGACGCCGCACCGAUCCGCCUGUCGAUCUCACGAUCCACUCUUCCCCCACUCGGGAACAAGACUCCUACGUACUUGAACUCCUCCACUUGGAGCAGGGUCUCCUCCUCAACCCGGAGAUGGCACUUCACCCUUUUCCCGGAGAGAACCAUGGAGUCGGACUUGGAGGUGCUGAUUCUCAUUCCUGUCGCUUCACACUCGGCUGCGAACCGAUCCAGUGAGAGCUGAAGAUCCCGGUCAGAUGAAGCCAUCAGGACCACAUCAUCUGCAAAAAGCAGAGACCUAAUCCUGCAGCCACCAAACCAGAACCCCUCAACGCUUUGACUGUGCCUAUAAAUUCUGUCCAUAAAAGUUAUAAACAGAAUCGAUGACAAAGGGCAGCCUUGGCGGAGUCCAACCCUCACUGAAAACGUGUCCGACUUACUGCCGGCAAUGCGGAUCAAGCUCUGAAACUGAUCAUACAGGGAGUGGACCGCCACAACCAGACAGUCCAAUACCCCAUACUCUCUGAGCAUUCCCCACAGGACUUCCCGAGGGACACGGUCGAAUGCCUUCUCCAAGUCCACAAAGCACAUGUAGACUGGUUGGGCAAACUCCCUUGCACCCUCAAGGACCCUGCCGAGAGUAUAGAGCUGGUCCACAGUUCCACGACCAGAACGAAAACCACACUGUUCCUCCUGAAUCCGAGGUUCGACUAUCCGGCGUAGCCUCCUCUCCAGUACACCUGAAUAGACCUUACCGGGAAGGCUGAGGAAUGUGAUCCAGCGAUAGUUGGAACACACUCUCCGGUCCCCCUUCUUAAAGAGAGGGACCACCACCCCGGUCUGCCAAUCCAGAGGCACCGCCCCCCGAUGUCCACGCAAUGCUGCAGAGUCUUGUCAACCAAGACAGCCCCACAGCAUCCAGAGCCUUAAGGAACUCCAGGCGGAUCUCAUCCACCCCCGGGGCCUUGCCACCGAGGAGCUUUUUAACUACCUCAGCAACCUCAGCCACAGAAAUAAGAGAGUCCACCACAUAAAAUAUGGAUAGUACUGCAGUAUUGGCCACUGGAGGAGACGCAACCAAUCAGAGCAUGCUGUCCAGUAUCAUUGCCACUAAUUGGCUCAACCUCAGAGAGCAUUACUAUAUUAGAUUCAAAGGGUGACUAAGGGGUGUUAAUGUUGACAAAUUUAUUUAGAAAAUAUACAUAUAUUUUUUAAAUGAUUUAGCAAUGAAAAUAUUUGAUGUAUAGUUAAUGAUUCCUACUUUUCAAAAAUGAAUUUGUCGAGGUCAUAUAAAAAUAAUAAUAAUAAUGGAUUAGAUUUUAUAUCGGGCUUUUCUGUUAUUAGAUACUCAAGGCGCUCACAGAGAAGUGGGAACCCAUCAUUCAAUCACACCUGGUGGUGGUAAGCUACACUAUUACAUCAUAUCCAGAACCAACAGCGAUAAAAGAAGGGAGCCUCUACUGCAGGGGUGUCAAACGUACGGCCUGCAAACUGGUUUUAUCUGGCCCCCGGGAUGAGUUUGCUAAGUAUAAAAAUGAGCCGAAAUUUUUGAAUGAAAGAAACUGCUGUUCGAAACGUGUCCACUAGAUGUCGCCUUAGCAAUUCUUUGUAGUUGAUGUUACAUAUGUAAAAAAAAAAAAAUUAAGUACACGAUGUUAGUCCACCAGUUGAGGGAAAUGAGCAAACUUAAUAUAUAUAACAUCCUGUAAAUUGAUUUUGAUAUUGUUUUUUUUAUCUUGAUGGAUUGAAAAUGAACACCAAUGAGAUGACUGAUGAACAUUAUCACAUGAUUUAUUCACAAAGUAUAAAUAACGACAAAUAAAGAUAAAAUAGUAUUAAUGUAAGAGUAAAAAAAUAAAACCCCAGCAACAUUAUGAUUUGUAAUUUUUUCAGAAUGUGCUUGUUCUAUUUCCAAACAAAGAAAACAAUAUGAAAUUGUCUUUAUUUUUAAGUUAUCGUGCCGUGAUUUUACCAGUCUUGGGAGUAGAUUUUUCUCCAUGUGGCCCCAAUCUAAAAUAAGUUUGCCACCCCUGCUCCACUGUCAAAAUGUAUUUCUUUUUUUUUUUUUUAAUACUUGUGUCAUUUCCUGUCCAUUCACCAUGUUAAUCAACUCAAAAUAUAUACAAGUUGGAAUGACUUUUGAGGUUAUUUUGUGUAUUGGGACUCACAAAGCACAACUAAUACAUUCUUCGCGCGACUAAUGUGUAUUUGCUUCAUGGAUACAACUGAAAAAAGGGAAUUUAAGGAAAUAACUGUGUUUUCUUGUUUUACUGCCUCUGGAAAAAAAGAAUGAGAAUGCCAAAAAAAAAAACUGCUGUGUAACCGAGUACUAAUAUGGGUCGUGGUAAGAGGAUUGUUCUAAGGAUUAUGUGUAAAUAUUUUGGAAGGAAUGCAUUGGAUGAUCCAGUUGAUGACAAAAUAGUCUUGGAGGAAGGAUGAAGCAAAGUUCAAGCAGGACAAUAUUAAUAUUGAGUCAUGAUUAGCUAGCGAGGUUUGGAAAGUACGACGCGGUUGUUACACACAUGCCCUCAUUUUUCUUAUGCUGGUCAUCAUUCUGAAAGUGUUACGAAACAUGCUCCAAAAUGUGUUAUCAACAAAAUGUUCAAAAUGGUGUAAAUAAUUCCCUCUUUCAUAUUCAUUUGAUUUUAUUUCCUUUUUUUUUUUUUAGAUUAAAAUAAAGACAAGUGAUUAUUCAAAACCCAACUAAA